AUGGUGAAAAACUCUUCUAACUUAAGGGAACUUUCGGGUUUUCAAGUGAAGAAUUCCAUCCAUUUUGACCUACUCAAAUUUGCAGAUGAUAUCAUAAUUCUGUGUGAGCCUAGUUGGAACAAUCUAUGGAGUUUAAAAGGAAUUUUAAGGGGUUUAGAAUUGGUUUCGAGCUUAUGCAUCAACCUUUCAAAGAGUAAGCUUAUUGGAAUAAAUUUUGAAGAAGACUUCAUCCAAGCAGCGCCUUCGUUUUUGACUUGCAAUGUUGGUUCAGUUCCCUUCUCUUUUCUUAGGAUCCAAGUUGGUGUUAACCGGAGAAGAAAAGAAGUAUGGUUCUCAAUUUUGUCUACAUUACAUAAAACCUUUUCGUAUUGGCGUGGUCUUCACUUGGAAGAAUCAUUUUGA